AUGCAAAUAAUUAACGAACGAGAUAAGUUUCUUUCCAACUAUGAGGUGUUGCAGCAUUUAAAGGAGAUCAAAGAGAAGAAUAACUGGGUUUUUGAGAACGACAAAAAUGACAAAAAAGGUCAUCGAAGAAGAGGUACGGCAGCUGGUUUGGACCUCGAAGUUAUAACAAAGGAUAUACUAUCUUACGCCGAUGCCGAUAAGAAAGCAACAAUAACGUCAUCUGCUGACUUUACCGCUCUUCUCCAGUAUUUAAAUCAGUUCGACCUUGUCAAGGUGGAGAAGCUUCAAAUUGUCAACUCAUUGCCUCGCACAAUGGUUCAUUUGUACGCAUUAGUGGAGGAAUGUGAUCAAAGACUAAGUGACGAGCAAUCACAAGGGAUACUAGACAAGAUUGCCGAGUUGUUUCCCGUGGAGGAAGAUGAGGAAAUGGAAGAAGCUGAAGAGUAA